CCGCCGGCUCGGCUGGUCCAUUUUCUUUGAGCGACCUUGAACGAGAACCCCACUAGCCACUGUCUCCCACCUCACUACCCGACUCUUCUCCCACAGCAACGCUCGCUCUCUCCUUCACUCACCAUUCGCCACCCGCCGUAUAAAUAGCUUCGACGCGUCCGCACGGGCUUCACACCUUUGCUCUUCUGCUUCUCAACUUGCAAGCAGCGCUCGGCGACACCCAGCUCCUCCCUGCAACUACAAAAGCAACGUCUGCUCCGCGCUCGGUCGUGCCAGCACCUGCGCUCCGAGUACCCACCACCCCGCUUCGACAGCACGACCCACUCCUCGCAACCAUCACAAUGUCUGACAGCGGCUCGCCGAACAACAUGCAGCAGAAGCCUGAGGAGGGCGGCCAGUCGGAGCACCUCAACAUCAAGGUGACGGACAACAACAACGAGGUCUUCUUCAAAAUCAAGCGGACUACGCAGCUGAAGAAGCUCAUGGACGCCUUCUGCGACCGCCAGGGCAAGAACAUCUCGAGCGUGCGGUUUCUGUUCGAUGGCCAGCGAGUACAGCCGACAGACAACCCCGAGACGCUGGACAUGCAAGACGGAGACACGCUCGAAGUCCACCAGGAACAGAUCGGUGGCUGCUGCUAGUCUCUCUGCCGCACGAUGCGUCGAUUGAGGCCGCCAACGACACAUGCCCGGGCCCUCGAUCGUCAAGAUUUUCUUACCGUGACCGCGAUGGGUGGAAAGGGCAUUUAGCGAGCGGCAUGGAACAGGGGACGGG